UCUCCCUUAAGCAAUUCAAAAUGCAGUUUACUUUCGGUUUGCUAAUCCUUGGCCUGGCAUGUGCCCUUACUGCGGCCUAUCCUCAGCCAUAUCCCGACCAUGAAAUUGUGGUCACUAAUCCAGAACCCUUUUCGUAUUCACCAGAUUUCGAAGCACCUCGUGUUCGCCGCCAAUUGCAGUUGCAGGGCGGAGGCGGUGGCAGUCCUCGUCAGGGUUUCGAUUUGAGUUUGCAAGGACGUGCUCCCGUUUGGCAGAGCAAUAAUGGACGCCAUCAACUGGAUGCCACUGGUUCAUAUGCUCAGCAUCUGGGCGGACCUUAUGGCAACAGCCGCCCUCAAUGGGGAGCAGGAGCUCAAUAUACUUUUAGGUUUUAGUAAAAUUAGCGAAGUAAAUUAAAUAAAUUAUAAUAAAUUAUUAAA